AUGCAAACAAAACUUUCUGUAACCUUCUUGCUUAUCGUUAUCUUCACUAUUUUUCUUCUGGCUUCAACACAAGCAGAUGAUUUCAAACCACCAACCAUUGCUGGUACUUAUAAAUACAAUAUAAGCGAACCGAAGUCGGGUGAAGUGUACAAUAGCUCACAAAAGAAUAUAACACUCGACUACACUUUUGACAAACAAUAUCCAAACGAAAUCUUUAUUUUGGCUAUUUAUUUGCUAACUGAUAAGAAUGAAACGAUCAAGACUCUUGUAGAGAAAGCUAAUACGACUGAAGGCAAUCAUUCUUAUACAGAAGCUUUCCCAGAUCAAUUGCCAAACGGUGCUUAUAUUGUUAGAUACAAUGAGACUAAAAAUACUGGUAUUUACUGGAGUACCGCAUAUUAUAUAACUGACAUUCCAAUAAAUAAAACAUCGUAG